UAGAAGAGAAAAAUUUACAGUGACGAGAAAAGUAGACGUAACUUCGAUUUAUAGUAAAUUAAAAACAUCAAUAAAUACAGAUAAAAAUCUUAUUGACUUAGAAAAGGAAAAAUGUCGCUGGUAAAAAAAUUAUUCGAUCAGCUGAAAAGCAAAGAAUUUCGGGAAUAUUUAAUGAGCACACAUUUCUGGGGUCCAGUUGCGAAUUGGGGAAUACCGAUAGCUGCUAUUGCUGACACAAGAAAGGACCCUAAAUUCAUCAGUGGCAAAAUGACAUUUGCACUCACACUAUAUUCAUUAAUGUUCAUGAGGUUCGCGUGGAAGGUACAACCUAGGAAUCUCCUUCUCUUCGCGUGUCACUUCACCAACGAAUGCGCUCAGCUUACACAGGGUGCUCGGUUCAUCAACUAUCACUAUAUACAGGGUCCUAACACAAACGAAAAAGUAGAAUAAUUAGACAUACAAAAUUGACGUACAAUGAACAACUCGACUCACAAUCGUUAAUUGUCCAAACCAAAACUCUGCCUACGUUUAUAUUGGGCAGAGUUUUCUAAUGAGUAAUACAAUGGAGUUUGAACAUUAUUGCUAUGAAAUAAGGUGUUAAUUUGAAUGAACGUUAUAAACAACGACGCUCUUACAUAAUAUAUAUUGAUGAAUAGGCGAUUGUAAGACUAGUUGUUUAUA